AUGUUAUCAAAGUGGUGGUGGAGAUUCAAGACGGAUAAAGAUGCUCUAUGGAGAAGAGUCAUAUGGGCGGUUCAUCAUAAUAAUAGAUCUUGGACGCCGAUACCGGCUAAGGUUUCAUUGGCCGGUCCUUGGAAGCAAAUCGUUGGUAUUCGUGAACACCUAAAUCAAGUUGGAAUCAAUCUCCCGGAUUCAAUCUGGUGUCUAGUGGGUAUUGGUUCGAAGGUCGGGGUGGUCUCUUGGAGGGCGAUUCCGGAAAGAUUACCUACAAGAGCUGCUUUGGCAGCAAGAAACAUUGACAAUGGAGACACAAGGUGCCCGCUUUGUGGCGAGUAUGAAGAUACUAGUGAUCAUCUUUUUGUAUCAUGUCAUUUUACUCAAUCGAUUUGGCUCGUGAUUGCGCAAUGGUGUAGGAUUCCCCCCAUGGUUGCUUUUAGCCUUAAAGAUGUACUAGACACCCAUGUUACUGUGUAUGGAAGUAAAAAGAAAAAGAAGGUUAUUAGCGCUAUUAUCCAGGUUGUGAUUUGGAGCGUUUGGAGGAUGAGAAACAAGCUUCUUGCUAGUUGA